GGCAGGGCUGCCAUAUCCCUCACCUCACCAGUGAGCUGAGAGGAUAAAAGGGAAAAAAAGUUUAUGUUCAAACCCCAAAAAACAAUUGCCUUGUCUGGAUAAAUGCCUACAUUGGUGACUACCUUGGAACUCUGCCUUCUCUCUAAAAAGUGCUUGUGUGGAAGACAUAGUAAGAAGAAUAUGAACAAACAAAGUGACAGUAAAUGGACCCACAUAUUCCCCUUCAUAAUGGUGUCUUUGGUGUAUUCAGCUCUAGCAGAGUACUCUAACUGUGGUGAAAAUGAAUAUUUUAAUCAUACAACCGGUUUGUGCCAUAGCUGUCCAGAGUGUGAGCCAGGAGAAGAGCCAUACAAUGUCUGUGGAUAUGGCACCAAAGAUGAGGACUAUGGCUGCACCCCUUGUCCUCCUGACAAGUAUUCUAAAGGUGGCUACCAAAUAUGUAGAAGACAUAAGGACUGCGAGGUAUUUUUCCGGGCUACUGUUUUAACUCCUGGAGAUUCCAAAAAUGAUGCAGAAUGCGGUCCCUGUCUUCCAGGGUAUUAUAUGCUGGAGAGCCGUCCUAAAAGCAUGUAUGGCAUGGUUUGCCACUCUUGCUCACUGGCACCUCCAAAUGUCAAGGAAUGCAUUGGAACAGCACAUUAUCCUCCAGGUGGUUCAGCAAGAACAGUAGGCACCAGCACUAUUUCUCCCUUCCAACAUGCACACAAAGUGGAUGUUCCUGGACAAGGACACUUGGCCACAGCUUUGAUUAUCGCCAUGUCUACAAUAUUUAUCAUGGCCAUUGCUAUCGUUCUUAUCAUCAUGUUCUACAUUGUCAAGACCAAACCGACUAGAGCAUGCUGCACUAUUCAUGCAAAGAAUGUGGAAGCUCAGGUUAUUAACCAAGAAGAGAAAAAAGAAGUGCCAGCUGAAAGUGUUGUUAUCUACCCUGAAAAGGAUGAAUUUGAAAAACUUUCAGAAAAGCAAACAAAGACAGAAAAGAGUGAAAAUGAUGCCUCCUCUGAAAAUGAACAUCUUCUGAGCCGCAGUAUAGACAGUGAUGAGGAAGCAGCUCUUGACAAACAGGGAACAGCAGACCUCUGCCUCUUGUCCUUAGUUCACCUGGCAAGAGACAAGUCAACCACAAACAACAAACUGACUGGGAUUCAAAGUCGUAGGAAAAAAAUCUUAGAUCUCUACGCAAAUGUAUGCAAUGUUGCAGAAGGUUUAAGCCCGACCGAACUACCUUUUGAUUGCCUAGAAAAGACCAGCAGGAUGCUUAGCUCAACUUACAAUACAGAAAAAGCAAUAGUGAAAACAUGGCGUCACCUUGCCGAGAGUUUUGGCUUAAAAAGGGACGAAAUUGGAGGGAUGACAGAUGGACUUCAGCUUUUUGAUCGGAUUAGUACUGCAGGCUACAGCAUCCCAGACCUGUUAACCAGAUUAGUACAGAUUGAAAGACUAGAUGCUGUGGAGUCCCUUUGUGCAGACAUUGUGGAGUGGGCACAAUCUACACCAAUAGUCACAACACCUACAGUGCCAAACACAGAAAAUGUAUGAAGUGUGAUGAGACAUAUAUCUUCAAACCUUAAUGGAGGACAGAGUGCCUUUCCCUUUGGAUAAGCCACAAUGCACACUUUUGGCUGGACAUUGGGGGUCAAAAAAGUGCAAGGAAACUAUGAUAUGUAGCGUCUAAAAGGAUUGUAAGACUUUUAGAAAUAUUACAUAGGAAAGUAAUGGAUGGA